AUGUCACGUUUGAAUUGGGCUGCUGUUGCAAGUGGUGCUAAUAACAUUGCUAAUACUAAGAAUAAGAAUACCAAUAAUAAUAAAACUAAGAACAACAAAAAUAAAAACAAAGGUCCUGUAAAUAGUAGCAGUAGUUUUACCAAUCUUACUGGUGUUAAUACUACAAGCACUUCUAGUACCACAGUAUCAAAUAAUAAUCCCGAUACAAAGGCCAGUGAUAAUAAUAACGUUACUGAGAAUAAUACACCACCUUAUAAUAAAACAGAAAUUAGAUCUUAUCUACAUGAUAACUACCAGUACUAUUUAAAGAAUAAUUCACCCUCCAUAGUUACUUUUGAUGAAAACUUUAUACAUAACAGUAGCAGUCUUUCAGGAGUAACCAAUGGCAUGAACUAUGAGGGUAAUAAGAGCAUGUUAUCACCAGUGGAUAAUAAUGAUUGGGAUACUGCUACAAAUAAUAAGAAGAAAAGAAAUAGAAAUAAAAAGUAUCAUAUUUUAAAUAAUGUUUAUAAAGAGUUGAAAUGA